UAAUUUGUUACACAAACUUUGAAAAUUUUACUUGCUUCUAAAAAAAGAAAUAAAUUUCACAUUUUAAUAAUUUACGAUAAGGCUCUAACGUCGAAACAAGUAAAACAAGCAGAAAAAAUGGUAUCUAAAAUUUUGCAUCAAUGUUCAUAUUUCAAAAUCUAAAUUAAAUUAGACAUUUAUUAUAAAAUUUACAAUACUAUUUACUUAAGUGUUAUUUCAUUUAUCUUCUUUAUAAAAUUAAAUCAUGAAAUGACAAAUGAAUGCAAACCGACGACACAUCUAUCAUUAUAGUUAUAAGCUAUCGAAUCAAAAUUGCAUACAAAAAUCUAUAAUAAAUAAUUUAUUAUACUACAGAACUUUGUAAUCUUUCAAGAAUAAAGCUUAUAUUCAGUUAAUUUUAUUAUAUUAUCCAGCUGUUUUUUGACAUACGUGAAAUUUAUGGAUGUUACAUAUUAAUAUAUCAUGCUUAUACUUGGAAAAUAAAUGUUGCUUAUAUAAAAAACAUAGCUAGCUUAAGAAAAUAAUUAUAUAUGUAGAAAAUAUUUUAUUCAAAGUAAAAACGAUGUGCAACCAUGGAUAAUGUAAUCUUUGACGUCAAAGUUCAAUUGAUCAAUUAAAGUUAAUUUUAUGAUUGACACAUAUCUCAGUUAUGCAUUCUCCUGUUUUGUCAGAGUUUUCGCAAUUAUCGCUAAACGCUACGCUGUGUUCAAGUUAAUAUAAUCCAAUUUUUAAACAUUAUCAUUUCACAACAAUUAUGCAAACUUUAAUAUUAAAUUAUAUCAAAUAUUAAAUAAUAUUAAAUUGUCGUCAUUUCUAUGAAAUUUGUUUGAAGAAUAGAUACGAUCUACAAACAACACAAUUACUCAUCUUAUCAUUAGUAAUAAUUACGUUAAUCAUUAGUAAUAACAAAUUGUCAAAAAAAUCAUCAUUAAAAAAAUUGCAACAAUAAAUUAUGGGAAAAUAUCAACAAGCAUCGAUAUUGACCAAAGAUAGCAUUAAAAAUCCAAGUACAAGAUUAAAUAAACCAUUUUUUUUGCUGUAAUUGUAUUCUUGGAAUGGAAUUGUGUGAGAUGUUUUUUUGUCUCUCUCGUCACGGCGUUGCAUCGUACAUUGCACGAUAAUUCUUACUGUUUGUGUUUGUGUGAUGGACAUUUACGCAUACAGUGACACCUGGAAAACAUGAACCUGAAUGCAGGUAUAUAUUCCAGGCAAACAUUCAGAUUCUCUAUUAUAGCGCCCCACUUGAUACGUUCAAUAACCAAUUGGAUAUGACUGCAAAUAAUCCGACGCUCUUUUACCUUCUCAGUGCCGUCGUUGUAAUCGUUCCGUUGCAGUCGGGCGGACAACUGUCACCGAAACGAUACCGCAGUAUUUACGGCAAUGACAUUGGCGGACACGAGUUAGAAAAUAUAUUAGAGCUAGGCUUCGGAGCCCUAAACUUCGUGCAGCAGGGCCAACGUUAUAUGAGUCAAGAGAUAUCAGAUACAAUUCCACAGUUCGGAGCCGUGUAUGACUUCAUAGUAGUCGGCGCCGGCACGGCCGGUGCUACGAUAGCUGCGAGACUGAGCGAGAUUCAUCAAGUUAAAAUAUUGUUGAUCGAAGCUGGAUCUAACGAGAAUUUGCUCAUGGACAUUCCGCUUCUCGUUCACAUGCUGCAACUAAGCAAUGAUAUUAAUUGGAAAUACAGAACAAAAUCUUCCGACAGAUACUGCCUCGGCAUGAAUAAUAAAAGAUGUAAUUGGCCUAGAGGCAAAGUAACGGGCGGUAGCAGUGUACUAAACUACAUGAUUGCAACUAGAGGCGGCGCUGAAGAUUAUGACCGAUGGGCUCAGAUGGGAAAUGAAGGCUGGGCUUACAAAGACGUUCUCAAAUAUUUUAAAAAGUUGGAAACAAUCAAUAUCCCAGAACUGCAAUCGGACAAUAUUUAUCACGGUACUCAAGGACCAUUAUUUAUCUCUUAUCCAUCAUUUCAUACGCUACUGGCAGAAGCUUUUUUAAAAGCUGGAGAGGAGCUGGGGUAUCCACUGUUGGAUUAUAACGGGAAAAAUAUGAUAGGAUUCUCGUAUGUUCAGAGCACAACUGUAAAUGGUACUCGCAUGAGUAGCAAUAAAGCAUAUCUACAUCCCGCAAGAAAUCGCCGGAACCUUCACUUGACACGCGAAAGUAUGGUGAGGAAAGUGCUAAUCGAUCGUCGCACGAAUCGGGCAAUUGGCGUAGAGUUUAUCAAACAUAAUCAAAUUAUCCACGUAUUUGCAAGCAAAGAAGUGAUUUUGUGCGCGGGUGCAAUUGGAACACCACAAUUAUUAAUGCUGUCCGGCAUCGGACCGGCUAAACAUCUUAGCGAGCUCGGGAUCGACAUUGUUCAGGAUUCACCAGUUGGCGAAAAUCUGAUGGAUCAUGUAUCUUUUGGAGGAUUAACGUGGACAGUAGAUGAGCCGGUAAGUAUCAAAAUGUUCGACGUCAUAAAUCCCGUUAAUCCAUAUAUAAGGGAUUUUCUAACACGAAGAUCAGGACCACUUACGGUCCCGGGUGCAUGUGAGGCUCUCGCUUUUAUCGACACCAAAAAUUUAAAAAACCGUGACGGUUUGCCGGACAUUGAACUGUUAUUUAUCGGUGGUGGAUUUAAAGGAGAUCUUGUUGUUCCGAUCGUAAUGGGUUUCAACAAUCAAAUGCGUCAGAUGUGGAGUAAAUAUAACAACAAUCACGGUUGGACCAUACUACCGAUGUUAUUAAAACCAAAAAGCCGUGGACAGAUAAAACUAUUAGCCAAUGAUAUUAAUGUUAAACCCGAGAUCAUUGCGAAUUACUUCGACGAUCCAGAAGAUGUCAAAACGAUGAUUGCUGGUAUUAGAGCUGCAAUAAGUAUCGGUCAAACAAAAACUAUGCAAAUAUUUGGUUCGCGACUAUUAAACGAUACUUUACCCGGAUGCGAAAAUUACAAGUAUGACUCCGAUGACUAUUGGGAGUGCGCGGUAAGGACGGCGUCUGUCACCAUCUAUCACUAUUCUGGUACUUGCAAGAUGGGAUCGAGAAAAGAUCCGACUGCUGUUGUCGAUCCUAGAUUAAAGGUAAUUGGUGUUCAAGGACUACGAGUAGCAGACGGUUCUAUCAUGCCCGAGAUUAUAUCGGCGCACACAAACAUACCUGUCUAUAUGAUUGCCGAAAAACUGGCAGAUAUGGUGAAAGAAGAUUGGAAAUACUUGAACAAGUCGUAAACGUAAUUUAUGAUACCGUAUCAACAAAAAACUUUCAAUCGAUAUAACUUCAAUAAAGAUAUUUAUUUACAAUGUAUAAAAAUAAAAAUUUAAAUAAGUUUUUAGGAAACAGACAUUGUAAAAUACUUCUACAAUCUUUACAAAACGAUUAAUGUUUAGCAAAAUAAAAUAAUAUCUUUCUAAAUUUAA